AUGUCCCGCCCAGAUCCCACCCGCUUCGCGACCAACUCACGCUAUUCUGUCGCCGUGCACCUUGUUGCGUUGUCGCUCGGCGACCCCGCCCUCCACUACAAGAUGGGCGUCAAGUGCUUCAUCGUCGGCAACUACAAGGCCACGAAACGCGGUGAGCUGUCUGUGAGCCAGGGCGACAGCGUGUACGUUCCCAUCCUCAACAACAACCCCAUGAUUCAAGUUGUGUGCAAGGGGAAGGUUGGGCUGGUGCCGCGCAAGUUUGUCGUGGACGAGGAGGAGCGAGAGCGCAUGCAGCAGGAACAGGCGGACGUGGCAAAACAGAUUGUGCGCCUGCAGGCCAUCAAGCCCUACAAGGGCCGACCAGGGUGGCUCACCUUUACCUACUUUGACGUGGUGCUCGUGCCCAAGCCCUGCGAGGGCGACGUCUGGGAAGGCGUGUGCAAGGGUAACGUGGGCAAGUUUUACCGCGGGCACCUCGUGGACACGGCGACGCACACCAAGGAAGAAAUAGAGAAGCUCGUGCAGGAGCACAAGGCGCAACAGCAGCAGCAGCAGGGAGAGCGCGCCAGCAGUAGUGGCGGUGGUGAUGGUGAUGCGUUUGACCCAUUCACGGCAGCAGACAGCACCGCCACGGGGAGCAGCGCUGGUGGUGGUGAUGGUGAUGCGUUUGAUCCGUUUGCGCCAAACACAACGGCGCCACAGACCGCGACGGGGGGCUUUGACGACGACCCGUUUGCCCCAAAGGACUCGGCACCAGUAGGCACCCAGCAGCAGCAGCAGGCUGAAGAGGAUGACCCAUUCAUGCCAAAGGGUGAGGCGUUUGAUCCCUUUGCGCCAGCACCAACCCAGUCGCAGCCCCAACUACAACAGCCGCAGCUGUCGACGGCGUCAUCUGCUCGGGGAUCGUCACACACCCUCCCGCUGCCCACCGCAGACGCAUUUGCACCCCACGUUCAGCACCAACCACAGCAGCAGCAGCAGAGUGGUGGCGGUGAUGAGCGCGUGAGUGGAGGGCCGUCCCCUGCGCGUCGACAGCGCCCGUCGACAGAUCGCGGCCACGUGCAGCUGAACGUGGUGGACGCCGGCCUGUACGAGGAUCUCCCGCCCAUCAGUUGCGCAGCUGCCAACAUGAUGAUGCGGAAGGGGUUUGCGUGUGGGCUUGUUGAGCUGUUGAUGGCACUGCUCAUCGCCAUCGCUGUCGUCGUCAUCGUGGUGGCACCGGCGGCUGGAGCCGAGCAAGUGGAGGUGCUUCUGGUUGGAAACAGCCUCACGUCCACAAACAACCUGAAGCAGGUGCUAGCGACCCUGUCCAACAGCAAUGGCGCAAACGUGCAAAUGAACACGGCAGCAAGCACUGGCGGAGGCGUGAGCUUUCGCGGACACGCUGUGCUGCCGGAAGACUACGACAAAUACAAUCCGCCCGUGCGCACCAUCCAGAAGAUUCGCAGCCAGCACUGGGAUUACGUUGUCUUGCAAGACCAGAGUGGGAGCUGGUUCUUCCUUGAGGAUCCGUAUCUCGAAGAAUACGGCGACCCCAUCUACGACGAGAACCAGGAUUUCACAGGCGAAUACGACAUCUACCCGUUCCGGCUGGCGCGUGAAGCGAGACAGGCCGGCGCACAGCCGGUGUUCUUCCAGACAUGGCCGACGAGCGAUACGGUCAACAGCACAUUCCACCAGCGCGAGAUUGAGGACGCGUACAACAACGCCGCCGGGAAGACAUACGCGUUUGUCGCACCGGCCGGCGCCGCAUUCUUCGAGGCCGCCAACCAGCUGUCGGAGCCGCUGUAUGCGGACUCAAUCCACCCCAACAUCCGCGGCACGUACCUCACCGCCUGCACGCUGUACACCACCAUCACGGGCCAGAGCACGCGCGGGUUCAACAGCGGCGGUACCUCCAUCCCACCGGACGACCUGUCCACCCUCCAACAGGCCGCAGAUGACGCAAUCGACCAAUUUCGCAAGCGCAUCAAGACCAACUUGCCGUGCCGCCCUGGCUUCUGUAUUCUGUCGUAUGACCAGCGUGUGCCACCCACCACGACCACCACGACCACAACCACCACGACAAUGGACGGAGACGCCACCACCGCGGCGCCCACGGUUGUGCCCAACUGCCCCCUGCACGAUGUGGCGUUCCCCAUGUUCCUGGGCGGAUUGCUGACAACGGCACAGGACUACAAGCUGACGCGCAAGCUGCUGCAGAUGCACUGCGUGGACGACUGGACCCCCUGCUUCAACUCGAGCGACUCAGCCACCGUCCCGGAGACAACGGCUGCUCGCUCGUCCUUCCACGCCGCCUGUGACUUGCGCGGGCCGACGCUGGCCGUGUUCCGCGUGAAGGCGCCGCACACCACCUCCGUGCACGACGGGCGCGUGUUUGGUGCGUAUGCGCCCGUGUCGUGGUCAUCGCGCGGAUCCUCCGUGCAGGCCGAUGGGGUGUGGCUGUUCCGCUUUGACCCGGACUUUCCGACGCGGCUGGAGGUGGUGGAUGUUGUUGCGGAGGACGGCAAGACCAUGUACGACUACCCGCUGGAAGGACCGAUUUACGGACGGUCCUCCGAGGUUCGGCUGGAGGAGAAGUUGCGUCAUGCCGCGUUUGGAGCGCAGGCGCUGCGGUACGCCUACCCGGACCAGCCGGAGGACUUUGGGCCCUCGUGGUUCGCGGGGUCGACGGGGGCGAACCUGGACCUGUCACUGGUGUUCUACAGCCCAACGCUGAGUGAAGGAGGCGUUCCAGACACCACCACCACCACCACCACCACAACUACAAAGAAGGAGAUGACGACGACGACGACGACGACAACAACCAAGAAUGUGGCAACAGUCACACUGACAACAACAACAACAACAACAACAACAACAGCAGCAGCAGCAGCAACAACAACAACAACAACAACAACAACAACAACAACAACAACAACAACAACAACAACAACAACGACGACGACGACGACGACGACGACGACGACGACGACAAUGCCUCGCACCCCCGUUGCACCGCGACCUGCGUCUGGAUCGAGCGGAAGCAGCAGCAGCAGCGCCGGCGCAAACAAGACGGUGCUGGUGGCCGUGUAUGUUGGCGUGGGUGUGCUGUUUGUGGCGGUGGUUGUGGUGGGUGCACUGUGGAUGCGAAAGCGCGCGCGUGAGAACUCCUUCACCAUCACCACCUACAGCAAUCCGUCGUUCCAGUUUGUCGAUGGCCACGACGACAACAACAACAACAGCAGCGGCAACUAUGACAUUGAGGAUGAACUGGAUCACAUGGAUGCACGCGCACUCGCAGGCAUCGGUGUCAACCUCACCCAUCUCGAAACAGACGCGUGAUGUCUGUGUGCGUGUCUGUCUGUCUGUCUGUGUGUGUGUGCGUGUCUGUGUG